AUGGUUUUUAACGAGGGAAGAGGAGGUGCUACUACAUUGAACCUCAGCCCUAGGCAGUUUGGCAAUGUGUUCCAGUGCACCAUCCCUUUUAUUAAUUACUUCUCGGGUUACAACUUCUAUGGCUGCUACUGUGACGGUUUCAUAAGCUACAAGGAGAAAGAAUUAGACAGGUGCUGUCAGGUUCGUGACAACUGCUACACUCAGUUCAAAGAACUGGAAAGCUGUAAAUACCUCAAAGACAAAACCUACAGAAUGUCCUACUCAUACUUGUGCCCUAGGAAUGAAUUCACUUGCAGUGAGGAAAACAAUGCCUGUGAAGCCUUCAUCUGCAAUUGUGACCGCCAGGCCACCAUUUGCUUCUCCAAGCAGAACAAAGACAUUCGCUGUUAG